UUUAUAAUUUCCUAGAGAAAUAAAGAGAAAGUGAGGUUUCUACAGUUAUUCUGUUCACUACCAAACUCUUCAAUCAAGACGAUAAAAUAGUCGGAGUCUUUUCUGCACUUGAACUUGUUUCGAUCUGAACUGGUUUUGUUCAGUUUUCAGAAAGAGUAGUUUUUUGGAGCUAUAUAACUAUUUUACUUUUGUUUUAUGUGACGACACAAUGAGGAAGAAGCUUGAUACUCGUUUCCCAGCAAUCGGCAAUGGAAGUUUUUUUUUUCCUUCCAAUGGGUCGUGUACAUUUUUGAGCUGAGGUUAUGGAAUGAUAAAAACAUGAGGUCCGUCCUUGAAAUUCUCGGAUCAAAAAGAUUAUGCAAGCUGAUGAGGAUGUAGGGAAGAUUGCAUUGGCUGUGCCCCUUUUAGUUUCUAAAGCAUUGGAACUAUUUCUGCAAGAUCUCUGUGACAGGACAUAUGACGUUACCCUUCGUAGAGGAGCAAAGACCAUGAGUUCUUUGCAUUUAAAGCAGUGUGUACAAAGCUUCAAUGUGUUCGAUUUCCUAAAAGAAAUUUUGAGCAAAGUUCCAGAUUUUGGGGGUUCAGAUGCUGGUGGGGAGGAUAGAGCUAACAAGAGAAGCAGGAAAACUGUAGUGGAUGAAGACAAUGAUAGUGAGGAGGAAGGAAAGAGGAACAGGAUAUCACAUGAGACUGGCCACAAUAGUAGUUCUGGAAGAGGACGGGGAAGGAGCCGAGGAAGAGGACGAGGGCGAGGAAGGCCUCUGGUGGAUAGAGAAAGCAUUCGACUGGAGAAGUGUGAAGGUGAUCCUGACAUGUCUCCUCAACACGACAAUCAGAACCCAGAAACCAUAAGUCCGGAUAAUGGGAUUGAACCCAGAGAAUCGGCAGAUAACAUGACAACAUUUGGUAAUACUUCUGAUACGGAGAUUCGGAACUUCGAUCUGAAUGUUGUCUUGGAUGACAGUGGGACGAAUCAACUUGUUAGGUCAGAUUCUGGAACAACAGCUGCACCCUCUGCAACAGCAGCUUCAACAUCAGGCCCUGCUACAUCAGCAGAGCCGCCUCCUGAAAUAAAGCAGCAUGAAGAGUAUCCUGGUUGGUCCAUCUCUGACAUGGACAAGAUGUCCAUUGAUCCUCUUCAGCUUGCCCAACUGAAUAGCAAAAGAUUAGACGAAGAAGAAGAUUAUGAUGAAGAAGAAGAAUAGAAUAGCCGAGGAUGAAGAAGACCUUGCCAGUGGUAGGUCCUUCACCUCUCGGAGGUUAGUAAUGACACCUUGUUUUUGAUGUUAGAGUAGGUAGUGAUAUAUAUGUACUUGUUCUCUUCUUUCUUGUUUCUGACAAAUUAUUAGAGUAGUGAAGAGAGAAGCAAAGGGGUUGCUCGUAUUUGCUAGGAGAAAUGGCAUAUUAGAUACAUUUGUCUUUUGUCCCCUCUCUCAAUGAAUGUAUGAUAUGUCAAUGAUGCCCAUUCCACCAGUUAGUAACAACUAUCUGAGAAAUUCCUUUCCCCAUACUUUUAUACCUUCUGGGCUUCAGGCUGCAUUAUAUAUUCAGAUAUGAUGAAUGAGUCAAUUUUUAACCUUAA